CGUUUCUGGAGGCAAGGUCGUACGUCACUGACACGGUUUGAGGAGUGGGGAUCCUUUUACUUUUAUUUUUCCCCAGAGUCCUGUCCAGUUCUAGAAAAGUUCCGUGCAAGUGCUAACCCGAAGGAAAGGGCGGAGCUUUGAAAGUGGGCCCUGGGGCUCUCCAAGGACAAGAAGCAACAAGUUGUGUAAGGGGCAUUAGAAGAAUAGGGGGCUAUGAAGAUCGAAUUCGCCCCCCUCAAUAUCCCCUUUAGUCGGCGGCUGCAGACCUGUGCCGUAGUUCAGUGGGUUUUUUCCUUUUUGGCUCUAGCUCAGUGUUGUCUGGCCCUCUUUGUCAUCAUCCUACUGAGUAGUUACUGGUACGUUGCUGCCUUGUAUGCAGUAUGGCUGUACUGGGACUGGGACACUCCUGUCUCUGGAGGUCGAAGAUCAGCCUGGGUCCGGAACUGGACUGUGUGGAAAUACUUCCGUGAUUAUUUUCCAAUCACUUUAGUGAAAACAGUCGAUCUUGACCCAAAGAACAACUAUCUGUUUGGCUUUCAUCCUCAUGGUGUACUUGUUGCUGGUGGCUUCGGGAACUUCUGCACCGAGGCAACAGGAUUCUCAAAACUUUUCCCAGGUCUGAUUCCCCACUUACUGAUGUUGCCUUUCUGGUUUCGGGUGCCAUUCUACAGAGACUACAUCAUGUGUGGAGGUCUUGUAUCUUCAGACAAGAAAAGUGCCAGUCAUAUUUUGGGUCUGAAAGGUGGUGGUCAUGUUGCUGUAGUAGCUGUAGGUGGCGCCGAAGAGUCACUGGAUGCCAGGCCAGGAGCACUAACCCUGCAGGUUCUACACAGAAAGGGUUUUAUCAAACUGGCAAUGAAACAUGGUGCUCACCUUGUACCAGUGUUCUCCUUUGGGGAAAAUGAGCUGUUCUACCAAGUGGACAAUCCACGAGGUUCUCUGAUCCGGACAUUGCAAGAAAGGUUGCAGAAGUUUAUGGGAGUGGCUCUUCCUCUCUUUCAUGCCCGUGGAGUUUUCCAGUACAGCUUUGGGUUGUUGCCAUUUAGGAAACCCAUCUUCACUGUUGUGGGGACGCCUAUUGUUGUGGAAAAGAACACUAAUCCAACCAAUGAAGAAAUUGACAAACUUCAUACUAUAUAUCUGGAGCAUUUGACACAACUCUUUGAGGAAAACAAGGAGCAGUAUGGAAUUCCAGAUCACAGACACCUGAUUAUAACGUGACAUGGUUGAUUACUGCACGUCUGGAAGGUACACUUCUCACCACUGACUGACCUUGAGUAUUGGACUCUAAAUCCGUUACUUAAGAAGUCAUCCUACUACGUAAUUCUUCCAUUGUCUUUCUUUUCAAAACUGCUCAGCUGUCAGAAGGGGAUGGUAUACCAUUCGGAAUGAACAUUAAUCUGUUGCUGUUUAAUUUUUCAUGGUCCUUAUCAUGGAGUUCUACAAUACAGUUUUGUGAUGUGCAGAUGCUUCAUUGUGUCAGUGUCAUCCUGUGUGCAGACUGUAAAAUAUCACACUUUCUUGUUAAUGCCAGUAAAAAUAACUACACAAUUCAGGGAAAUUAUGAAUCCGAGUUCUGCCAUUCUUUACAGAAGGAGUUACUAUGGUACUGCUAGUCUCUUAAUUUUAAUAUAUGUUGUCUUUGCGGAGGGUUAUGAUGGACAUUAAUACCUACCUAAAAAGGAUACAACAGUUGCAAAUUUCCUUUUAUGUACUGGACCAUUAUUCUGUAUUUCUGGUAUCAAUUAAGGGUUUCAGUCUUCCACCUAGAGCACUGAAACCAUCCCGGAUACAAAACAUUUGCAUUUGCUGUGACAAAUAGGGUUCUUUGAAUCCAGUCUUCCUUUAUAUUGCUGGUCAGUAGAAACCUGUCAAGUACAUUUUUGUUUCCUAGCUUGGUGCUCUGGAUCUGAGUCCUGCAUAUCUUGAUCAUUCACAUUUGUUCCCCCUCCCUGCAGAUUGAAGGGUGCAUGGCCUUAUUUUCCUUUUCUCGUUUGAUAACUGAAUGACUUGUAUUGCAGCUGAUCUAGGAAUGUGUUCAACACCUCUUUUGUCUCUGCAUUUUUGGUGCAUGGCCUUAUUUUCCUUUUCUCGUUUGAUAACUGAAUGACUUAUAUUGCAGCUGAUCUAGGAAUGUGUACAACGCCUCUUUUGUCUCUGCAUUUUUUAUUUCUGUAGUGUUAUGAAGGUUCUGCUGAAUUACAUUGCAAACUCUUCACCUGAUAAUCAAAAUAUCUUUUUCUCAAAGUAAAAAAAUAUGUAUAUUAGGGCUGCACUCAACACCUUUUUAUAAACUUCUGUAAUCGUACUCCUGGAUCACACUACUUCAAGAAAAGGGCAAAAAUACCACACCCCUGACUGAGUCAUUACUGAAGUGAUUACCAGAGGGUUUGAGUGUGCACCCAGUAAUUUAAGUUUCUGUGUUUUGGGCAUGUUGAAGUGCACUGUAUUCCAGUUUGUAGUUUUUUUAUGUAGAAACAUGGUAGCUGUAUGUAUCAAGCUACAUGUCACAAUUUCCAGUAUGUGUGCUUUUUCCUGCUGCAGUACUCUAGAGUAUACAUUGAACAGCUCUGGAAUGUUUGUGGUGUCUCUCCAGCCAUUUUGUUAUCCACAGAAAAUACUAAGUGAACUAGAAAAUAUUCCAAAAGAAAUAGUGAUUCAGAACAUUUAUCUGCAAGUAAACCAAAUGCCUGGUAUAGUUUUCUAAAAUUAUAUGAUCUUGUGCAACAGGACAGUAUAGGUGAUCCUGUCAUUUCAUUGUGCAGAACUUUUGCCACUGGUCUUGGUUAUGUUAGCUUUAACAGCCUGUGAUCAGAACAGUUGGAACUGAUUGACCUCUUUUGAUGCUGUCAGACUCUUUGGGUAAAUUUCACCAAUGGAAAAUGGUCUCUGUUUUUAGCUGAUUCAUAGGUUGGUACUAGGCUAUCGGUCCUAGGGCCUAUACAAGCCUAGCCGUAACAAUUCCCUGGCUAUUUCUUCCCACAGUAUUUACUUCCCUGAUAACCAGAUUAUUCUUCGUUGUGAAAAAGGAUACAGUUAGUUGACUAGCCAAUGCCUUGUACAGAUUUCUGGAGUGAUUUUCUUGGUACACAUCAUUUUAGGCACUCCAUUCCACAGGUAAGUACUGCAGAAUUCUUUAUCUGCCAUUUUGGUAUGAUAGAUGCAGUGUUUAGCAUGCUGACAUCACCUUUAACCACAAAGUGCGCCUUAUUAGAUUCUAAGGUUUAUCUUUAAUCCUUCAUCAUAAAGAGGAGCUGCAGAUACCUAGGAAACAAAUAUUCAUCUCUCUAGUAGAUCAUUGGGUGAAUAUGAAUACUUCAGCAUGGAAGUGGCAGGAGAACAGACUGUAAUUUUGCAAAUACUACACUGAGCAGAGAAGCUUAAUUUUAAACACUUGCAUCUUGAGUCAUGUUUUUUUGUCACAAUGCUAAUUGUCAGUUACACUGUUUCCAAGGCAAAUCUGUUUUAUUCUGUGAUGUUUGGCCAUGUAAGGUUGAUUGGCACAGUACAAUCAUUGUACAAAUAUAAAGAAUAUAUGUCUAUUGGA